UUGACAGCAGCCCCUGUCAGCUGCCAGCCCUGGGCGGUGACACACGCCUGUCGCUUGUGCUGCUGGUCGUUCUCUGGCGGGUUCAGCAGCGCGGAGCGGCGGGGCCGGGCCGGAGCGGGGCGGGUGUCGGUGCCGGUGCCGGUGCCGGUGCCGCUGUGCCGGUACCGAGGUCGCUGUCGCUGUCGGUGCCGGUGCCGGUGCCGGAGCCGCCCCGGGGCGGUGCCCGGCGCUCCCGAGCCUGCGCGGCGGCGGCGGCGGCCAUGGAGGUGCAGGUGGCCCCGCUGCGGGCCUGGGACGAUUUCUUCCCCGGCUCGGACCGCUUCGCCCUGCCCGACCUCAAGGACAUCUCGAAAUGGAACAACCGGGUGGUCAGCAACCUGCUCUACUACCAGACCAACUACCUGAUGGUGGCCGCCGCGCUCGUCUCCAUCGUGGGGUUCCUGAGUCCCCUGAACAUGCUCAUUGGUGGCACAGUGGUGGUGCUGGUUUUCCUGGGCUUUGUGUGGAUGUCACACAACAAGGAUAUACUCCGCAAGAUGAAGAAGCAGUACCCAACCACGUUUGUUGUGGCCAUCAUGCUGUCUAGCUACUUCUUGAUCUCCUACCUGGGGGAUGUCAUGGUGUUCAUGUUUGGGAUCACACUUCCUCUCCUCUUGAUGUUUGUCCAUGCUUCCCUGAGGCUCAGGAACAUACAGAACAAGCUGCAGAACAAGAUGGAGGGGAUAGGCUUGAAGAAGACCCCGAUGGGCUUCAUACUGGAUGCUCUAGAACAGCAAGAGGAUAGUAUCAACAAACUGGCUGACUACAUAUCUAAAGUGAAGGAGUAAGCAUCUGCAACAGGCAUUUCUGCCUGUUGCAGGAGUGUAGUUGCUAUUUACUAUUGUUCAAGCUUGCUUUCAGUUUAUGUACAAAACAGGAAAUGCAUGUGGUACAGGUUAAUAGUUGCAGGAUACAGGUAUUCCAAGGUCUUCAGGGCUUCUCUAAGAACAUAAGAACAGCAACUUUUUUUCUAUUGUAUAGCAAAAUGUUCUGGUGUUUACACAAAUACAUACUAACUUAACCAUGUUUGCUUGUCUCUUCUUCUGGGGGUAGAGGAGGAAGAGUGGAAACAUAUGGAAUACAGUCUCUCAAACUGUCUUGUAGCAAAUUGGUCUAUUAAAGUAACAUCCCUUUCAUCUCAGUUCUAAAAUAUUGCAGUUUGGCCAGGUAAUGCUGGGUAGCACUUUUCAGCCUGGUGAUGCUCAGAUGAGCUGGAAUGUAUCACAAGCAGGUAUCUCUUGCAUCCUCCAAAUCCCUCCCUUGAGUGCUCUGUAUUACAGAGACCAUGUUACCAGCUUAACUGGCAUGUGGUAAAACUGUGCAGUGCUUGUGCCCAAGUCUGGGCUCCUGUCCUCACCUCACAGCCCUCCUUUAGCAGCCCUGAAACAGUCUAAGUAGCUGUAAGCAUGAAGAGUAUACAUGGCACUGCCUGCCAGUCCCAGUAACAUUUACCUUCAGGCUCUCCAAAAUCCUCAUCCAUAGAACUGUCCCCUCUGUCGGAGAGCCAAACUUCCUUGUGUACCAGCUAAACUCUGGCCAAGCAUGGGAGAAAAAGAGAGAGUUUGGAUGAGCUUGAUUUCUACCCCAUUGAUGUUUUUAAAUACUGCUACUUUAGGACUUACCUGCUUUAGUCUGCACAGGCUGUUUGUAGAUGGAGGUGUGUGUUCUUGAGAGUGGGUCAUCUUUUUCUUUCUUCUCACCCAGAAUGCAAAGAUACAGGUCAAACAUGCAUCUGUUGACUCUGUACUUCCAACACUCCUCAAAGGAAUAAACUGGAUUUCAGGUUUACAAGUAAAAGCAAUAAAUGUCAAGAUACAAUUUUUGAAAACCCAUUCGAAAUUCAUGAAGAUAAUUGCCUGUUAAAACUCCUGAUGUUGAAAGCAGUGUGGGGGAUUCUUUUAUAAUACACAACUUAACUGCCAACUCUGAUGGAAUCAUCUUGAUAACAGGAGCUUACCAACAACAGGGGGGAAAGUUGUCCAGGUGAGACUCCAUUUCAAAUAUUCUUGCAUUUCUCUUUUCUAACCGAGUAAUUAAUUUAACAAAAAAGCAAGGAUCCUUGAAGUUGAAGCUUUUAUGUAACUUGCCAUGCUGUUUCCAUAGUGAACUGUGUAGAACUCUGAACAUGUCAUUCCAUUUAAGUGUUAAGGUGAUCAGUAUUUAUCAAAAGUGUCUGUAUAUUCCAGCUGAAGAGUCAAUGGCCUGUUCCUCACUUGUAGCGCAUGGUCUUUGUUUUUCAAAAGCUGUUUCCACACCUAAAGAACAUAGUAGCCUAUGACUUCAUCAUUACAGUAGCAUUUUAAAAACUGCACAGUUAUGAAGAAAAAUAAAUUCUAAUGGUUGGAAACUUGA